AUGGACGAUGCUGAUGAUGACUGUGUUGCCGAAGUUUCGACCAUCCUGUCGUGGUCUUCCUCAGGGCUCAGGGCCGGUCACCCGGACAGCCCAGAUCACGCACAUGACUCUGGCCGGGGAAGCCUACGACUUCAUGUAUGUGGGGAGUUGGAAAUGAACGUGUGCGUGCGUGCGCAGGGUGCCUGCACGAGGGCCAGCUGCACGCGUCGGGCACCGAGUGGCGCGACCCGCGUGACCCGCGGGCGUGCUCACCGAGUCGGCGCUGCAGUGCUACACGCCCUGCCACGAGCCCUGCUGCCCCACCUGCGCCGCGCGCGCUGCCUCGCGUGUGUUUUGUGCAACAAGUCUCUGAAUGAAAAGCGAUUUAAAUACUUCGCUGUGCCACUGUUUCGGCUGCCAUUCUGCGGCCUUCUUCGGGGCGAAAUCACCAUUUGCAUGCAAUUCACCCUGUGA